AUGGCAUUCAUUACCAUCCAACGGGCCACUCCCAGUGGCGAGAAAACUCCUGGGACUGUGCGCCUAGUCGGGUUGCACCACAGCACUCGUGGCCGUUAUGCUGGCAGCAGUGACAUCGUUCUUCACCCUUGCCCUUCUAACGACCCUAAUGACCCGCUCAAUUGGUCUCCGCGUCGGAAGCUCUUAUCUCUUCUCUGCCAAAACCUGUAUACAUGGUUCACUGGCGUUGCGGUUUCGACUAUCUAUUCUGUCCUCGUGCCAUUGUCGUUAAGCUCCGGGGUUACUAUUACUGCGCUAAACGAGGGAACCGGCUACAUGUUCCUUUUACUUGGCUGGGGCUUGUUGUUCUGGCAACCUUUUGCACUUCGCUAUGGCAAGCGACCUACAUACCUGAUCUCAAUCCUCGGAGCUAUCGGUACCAGUGUCUGGAGCGCGCAUAUUACAAGCAAUGGCGAAUGGUUGGCCAAGUGCAUACUUCAGGGAUUUUUCAUAGCUCCUAUUGAAGCUCUUCCGGAGAUCUCAGUCACUGAUAUUGCAAGUAUUGCUCUGCGCUUCUACUUUACCCAUGAACGAGGUACCUAUAUGGGGGUUUACGCUUUCACUCUAGCCGGUAGCAACUACUUCACCCCAGUGCUCAGUGGUCUGAUCGCAGAGUAUCACGGUUGGCAGUGGGUUUUCUAUUGGCCAGCAAUAUUCCUUGGUUUUAUUUUCAUAGUACUAUUCUUUCUAAUGGAGGAAACUAACUACACCCGCAACUAUUCAUCCCACGAACCGGCAUCCGCGAUAUUCUCCGUUGCCGCGGAGUCGCCAACUUUAUCAGAAGCCGGUGGGACAUACCCUGUGAGCAAGACUUACAUGCAAAAACUGUCGAUUUGGCAGUCUUCUCCUGGUCAGGGGAUGUUCGGCCGGGCUUUGCGGUCCGUCAGAUAUCUGUCUUGGCCCAUUAUAUUCUAUGCCGGGUUCUCCUACGGGACUUACCUGAUCUGGUUUAACGUCUUGAACGCCACGGCAUCAAUCAUCCUUUCUGGCGAGCCGUAUAACUUUUCCCCUUCCCUGGUCGGGAUCAGCUACCUCUCGUGCUGCAUUGGUGUCAUCGAUGGCGCGUUCCUUUCUGGGCUCUUGAGCGACUGGCUGACAGUCAAACUUGCCCGGAGGAAUAACGGUAUUAUGGAGGCAGAGCACAGACUGUGGCCCUUCACCAUUUGCAUAAUACUCAUACCUGGAGGGCUUGUUCUUUGGGGUGUCGGAGCAGCCCACGAGAUCCAUUGGUUUGGUCUGAUCAUGGCAAUGGGCAGCCUCGCUACGGCGACCACAAUAGGUCUCACCAUCUCUGUCAAUUAUCUCAUCGACAGCUACCCUGGGAUCAGCGGCGACGCGAUUGUUACGGUUAUCAUUAUCCGCAAUACUAUGUCAUUCGCAAUUAGCUAUGGAAUCACGCCAUGGCUGUCUCAGCUUGGCUACCAGACUUGCUUCAUUACGGCGGCAUUUAUCGGUCUGGCUGUCACGUCUGUCUAUCUCAUCAUUAUCCAGUUUGGCAAAAGACUUCGGGUACAAAGCGCAGACAAGUAUUUUGAACUUGUGCGAUAG